GGGCACAGGAACUGGCUGGAGGACGCAGGAGACAAGCAAUACAGUCCACUGCAAUCGCCUGUGAGCAAACCCUUGCCAGCUGCGAUUGACUCUCAUGCGUCCACUGGGUCCGGCGGCCACUCGUUCUGGGGCAUGCAUCUCCAACCUGCUAUUCUGGGUUUAUCACAUGGCUACAACAUACAGGAGCUGGACCUGAUGCUCGGCAUCCAACUACGAUGGUCACAACUGAGGAAACGACAUAGUACAUGCGCAUACAUGCAUGAAAGUGGUAAAUCAUACCGUAACUCGCUUACUGCCAACGUACCAUCUGACCAUAUACUUUACACUGUUGCCGAGUGCCUCGAUCUCACCGCUUCAAGAAUCACCCUUGGAUUGUUCAAAUGUUCUCCAGUCGAAGCAUCUCAUAUCACGACACAGGUCGAUCGCAAUCCAGGCACCGUAUCUGUUUCAACAUAUAGCCAGUGCUUGUUCAAGUGCUUGUUCAUGUACAGCCGACGUUACUGUUCUCCAACCGCAAGGAUCAAGCUCCGGUACCCCUACUGUCAAUCAUCGGGUUACACUCGCCUUCAAGAGCCGUCGUCUCGACCGGCGUUAGCAGUGAACUUGACAUUCACCUAUAGGCAUGUUCGCAUUCAGCUCUACAGCGGUGAUACCGUGAUAUUCUUUAUUGGGCGCGAAACACGAUACCGGUGAAAAUAAUCCACAUCUCUCUCGAAAGAUUCCCAUUUGCUAGGACUGCAUACCAUGCCAGGCCAUGGGAUCGCUCCUGAUCUAUCACAAGCAAACGACAUAUUCUUAUCCACAAUCCUCCUACGAUAACCUCCCUGCCCUGCGAAACGGCAACCCUUAAUCGUAAGCAUAAUUUACAUCGAAAUUAUUCCUCAUGCUAAGAACACCUUCUACCAUCUCCUGUAUGUUCCGACUCAACGUCGAUAUUCAUAUCACU